CGCCGCCCCCCCACCCCACCCCCGGCCCCCUGCUGCCCAUGAACAACCAGGCGCGGGCCCCAAACCCCUCCCCGGCCCGGGUCUUGGCCUUGGUCCGGGCUUCGACCCCGGUCAGGUCCUCGAUCCCGGUCCGCAUCCCAACUCCUGCCCGGGCCUCGACCCCAGCCCGCACCCGGAAUCCCACCCAGACCCCGGUCCGGGCCCCGAAUCCCGUCCAGAUCUCGGCCCGGGCCCCGAAUCCCGCCCAGACCCUUGUCCGGGCCCCGCGUCCCGUCCAGAUCCCGGCCCGGACCCCAGAUCCCCCCCAGACCUCGACCCCGGGCCGGGCCCCGAAUCCCGUCCAGAUCUCGGCCCCGGCCCGGGCCCAGAGUCCCGCUCAGACCCCGACUCCUGUCCAGACCCCGGCCUCAGCCUGGACCCCCACUCUCGUUCAGACCCCGACUCCGGUCCAAACCCCAACCCCAGUCUGGACUGAGACUCCUGUCCAGACCCCGACUGCUGUCGGGACUCCGACCCGGGUCCAGACCCUGACUCCAGUACAGAUCCCGACCCGGGUCCGGACGCCCACUCCGAUCAGGACCCCGACUCUGGCCCGGAUCCCAGCCCCAGCCUCAUUCCCAGUCGGGGUCCCGAUCACGGCCGUUGCCCCUGCGUCGGAAUCCUUAGGGAACUCAGCCCCACCUUUGGAUCCACCCUCAGAAUCUGCUCCGGAGCCCCCUGUGUGGCCGGACAGGGAUCUUUCACCGACACCCAGUGUGAAGCACUUCCCAUCAGUCGCCAAUGGAUUCGGCUCCAUCACCCAAGAGUCCCUUCCUGCGCUCACUCCAACGGCCGCUGAUUUCCUGGGGCCCACCCUUGGGUCAACCUCGAGGGCAGACUCAUCAGCCACCAAGUUGAUGGAUUCCACUCCCGAUUCUAUUCCGGCGCCCAUCCUGGAGACCGACUCCUUCGCCACCGCUUUCACCUCCACCUUGGAGAACUUACCGGAGGACAGCAAGAUCCUGAUUCGAGUGAUCUACUGCGGCCUCUGAAGCUACAGCCUUCGGUACAUUCUACUGAGAAAGAGUCUGGAGCUACAAUUUCCAAAUUGUCUACGCUUUGAGGAGGAAAGAUCUGCCCAGGCUACAGGGGAGUUUGAAGUGUUUGUGGAUGGAAAACUGGUCCAUUCAAAGAAGAAAGGCGAUGGCUUUGUGGAUGAGGCCAGGCUGCAGAAGAUUGUGAGCGUUAUCGAUGAGGAAAUUAGGAAAAGGUAGCAGGCAACCGGCCGAAGGUGAGUUGUAAAGCUGUGCCACCCAAUAACAGCCUACGGCUUUUCAACUUACGGAGCCUCAGCAGGAUGCCGAGAAGGGCUGAAAUGUUGCCAAGUCAGGUCCUUUUCUGAUGGUAGCUGGGGCUGGGGCGAGUCGGGGAGGGGUGAAAACGGAAAUAAAUACAAUCUGCCUCUCUG